CUUAAUCUUUUUUAGAGUUGAUCAAUAGGUUACAUAAAUAUAGAUGACAGGGAAAGCAUACACUAUUGUAGUGAAGUUAGGGACUUCAUCUCUUGUGGAUGAGGUGACCAGAGAACCUCGUAUUGCAAACAUGUCACUUAUUGUAGAAACUCUUGUCAAACUUCGUCGUCAGGGUCACCGGAUCAUUAUUGUUUCCUCAGGAGCUAUUGCCUUUGGUAUGAAGAGAGUUGGCUUAGAUGUGAAACCUUCACGGUUGGCAGCAGUGCAAGCUUUGGCCUCUAUCGGACAAGGUAGAUUAAUCGGACUCUUUGAUGAUUUAUUCCGUCAAUUAAACCAGGCAAUUGCUCAAGUGUUGAUCACUAGAAAUGAUAUCAUGGAUUUCACACAAUAUAAAAAUGCUACAAAUACUAUCCAUGAACUAUUGGAUAUGGGUGUGAUUCCAAUUGUCAACGAAAAUGAUACGUUGUCAGUGGCGGAAAUUAAAUUUGGUGACAAUGAUACCUUGUCAGCGAUAACGGCAGCCAUGGUUCACGCAGAUUAUUUAUUCUUAAUGACCGACGUUGAAUGUUUGUAUGAUGAUAAUCCAAGAGCAAACCCUAAUGCCAAGCCAAUUUUGGUGGUUGAUAACGUUGGAGAUUUGAAUGUUAAAACCGAUACUGAAAAUGCUGUGGGGACCGGUGGUAGUGCUGUCGGUACUGGAGGAAUGACCACAAAGCUUAUUGCAGCUGAGCUUGCCACAAAUGUAGGUGUCACGACGAUUAUUACCCUUUCUUCUCAACCACAGUAUAUUUUGGAUGUGGUGGAGAAUAUUCAACAGACUGAAAGUUUGACAGUUGCUCAGAAACACGAGUACAUUCAAACUGAAGUUCUUGCCAAGAGACUCCCAUUGCAUACAAGAUUCUUAGGAUUACCACGAGAUUCACAAAUUAAAUCUGAUAGAAAGUUUUGGCUCUUGCACGGGUUGAAAACGAGAGGCGCUUUGAUUAUAGAUCAGGGUUGUUACGACGCACUCACCAGGAAAAACCGUGCUGGGUUGCUCCCUGCUGGAGUUGUUGAAGUUGAAGGACUGUUCCAUGAGAGUGAGUGUGUUGCAUUGAAGGUUAUUCCUACACGGGAGUCCUCAUUGAAUGAAGCAGAGGAAAGGGGCCAUUGCCGGGUGAAUUAUAGUUCUAUGGAAAUAUCCAUGAUUAAGGGAAUGAAGAGUAGCGAAAUUGAAAAUGUUUUGGGAUUUGCUGAUAGUGAGUAUGUUGCUCAUAGAGAUAACAUUGCCUUCCCCCCACGGACCACCCUGGCAUAGAGUUGAAAAGUAGACGAAUAGAGAGUAUAUAGAGAUCUAGAUAUAAGGAAAUAAUCCCCAGAAA